GUGAAAUUGUAAUUAUUGACUGAGUGAUUUUCAUUGCAUACAACAUGGUAUAAAAUUCAAUGACAAUUGAUUGAUUUGAAGGCCUAUGAAGACAACGGAAAGUUUUUUUUUGUCAUUCACUAUCGCUGUCUCGUUUUCGCCCAGCAAUAUUACAAAAAAUAAACGACCUGUCAAUUCUGACAUCAGUCGAUUGAUGCAUAAACACAACAACGUAUUAUUAACAUAUUUUCUGGAUGGAAAAUUCGUCAAUAAUCGAAUAGUCCAUGAAAAUCACAUACAUUAUUUACGAUUAGUGAAAGAAAUGCGGUAAAAGUGAAAAUUCGAUAGAAAAAUGUGUUAAGAUCGUAUGAAAACCGCGAAAAACACAAUCAAUACAGCGAAGACUUAACCUUAAAUCUUCAAUUGUGUUUAUGCAAAGUAGAAUUUAAGUAAUUUAUUAGUUAAAAAAAAGCGUUGUGGCGAUUUCUUUGUGGCCAACAUUUAAUUUGUACAAAUUUAUAAACGAGCAAUAGACCUGGUGGCUGGUUGUGAAUUGUUUUUAAGGGAGCAAAACGUACUUUUUUUCUAUUCGAAAACUUAAUUCACAAUGGAUCAAAUGCUACCAAGUCCAGGGUUUAGCAUACCCAGCAUUGGUACACCGUUUCAACAAUUGGAAGAAGAUCAAACAAUUAUCGCAAACAAUCCAUAUUAUGCACAAAAUGCAAUGAUGACAAGUCAUCCGCCGACUGGUUUAACGCCAGUCGGUAUGGGCAACGCUAGCACUAGUAAUAGCAAUAAUGGCGUUGGUAGCAGCGGUUUACAAACGAACGUUGAAACAUCCACAACAACUAGUUUGCCAUCACUAAUCAACACACCGACCAAGGCGAGCAGUUACCAACCCAGCUACACAACACCACAAAGCAUGAUGCAACCACAAACACCGCAAAGUUUGAUGUCACCAAUGGUACCAAUGACAGACCGUGUGAACGAGAAUUUGCCCAGCGUAAAUGUUCAUCAAAUGAUUGGACCACAAACUCCGAUGACACCGAUGACUCCCGGUUCAACGGAUCCUGCUAUUUUGCCUCAAUUACAAAACAUUGUGUCAACAGUGAAUUUAAAUUGUAAACUUGACUUGAAAAAGAUCGCCUUACACGCUCGUAAUGCUGAGUAUAAUCCAAAACGUUUUGCCGCCGUUAUAAUGAGAAUACGAGAACCGAGAACGACUGCGCUGAUAUUUUCAUCGGGAAAAAUGGUGUGUACGGGUGCGAAAAGUGAAGACGAUUCACGGCUUGCUGCUCGUAAAUAUGCUCGUAUCAUACAAAAAUUGGGUUUUACAGCGAAAUUUUUAGAUUUUAAAAUACAAAAUAUGGUCGGUAGUUGCGACGUUAAAUUUCCAAUUCGAUUGGAGGGUUUAGUUUUAACACAUGCCCAGUUCAGUUCGUAUGAACCAGAAUUAUUUCCGGGUCUCAUUUAUCGUAUGGUCAAACCAAGAAUUGUGCUCUUGAUAUUCGUUUCUGGUAAAGUUGUGCUGACCGGUGCAAAAGUGCGUCAGGAAAUUUACGAUGCGUUCGACAGUAUCUAUCCAAUUUUGAAAAGUUUCAAAAAACAAUAGAUGAAAAACAGCGAGAAAAAACAACAAAAAAACCCUGCUGAAAAAAAACACACACAUAUACAUUUCGUUUUAGACUGUAAGGCCCCUUAUACACAAUGUUUCUUAUUCAAACUCAUCAUUCAUUUUUAUUUCGAAUAAUGUCGUUAGUUAAUUGCAAAAUAAAAUGAACGGAAAUUUACAACGAAUAAUUUCCUUAAAAUAUAAACAUGGGAAA